AUGGCCUCACACACGCACGAGGUCUUUCCCAAGCUAGAUUGCUGCACCAAAUGGAUGAACGAACCAUCAGAUGAGACCAUCUUCGACGUGAAAUUCUACCCUUACGGCACUGAAGACGACGAGCAGAUUUUUGCUUUCACGGGAUCCACUGAUACGGUCGUAUGUCGUCCAAAGCGCGGCGCGGACCCGCCGUUUGAGAUAUUGAGGUGGUUUCGGGACAAGGAUGCCGACGCUUCCUACAACAGCCUUGUGUGGACGAAGUGUCCCGAAACGGGAACUCCAUGGCUCUGUAUCGCGGGCUCCGAACCAAAGCACAUCAAAAUUCUGAGCAUUGAGACUGGAAAGCCCGUGCGCACUCUCACCGGUCAUGGAAAGGGCAUCAAUGAUCUCGCAGUCUCGCCAUUGUCAACAGACCUUCUAGCAUCAUGUGCGGACGACGCAACGAUAAGGCUGUGGAACUUGGCGCGGCGGUUCGAAAAACAACCCUGUGUUGCAUUGUUUGGUGGAGCAGGGAAUCGGGCACCCGUCCUUGCCAUUCACUUUCAUCCGAACGGAAGGUGGCUCCUCUCGGGAGGUAUCGACACAGCAGUAUGCCUUUGGGCCGUGCCUGGGUGGGAGGAAUUGGAACGAGCUGAAGACUCUAGCAGAGCCAGUGAACCCUUGAUCGUCUACUACCCGCACUUCUUCUCCAAAGAAUUACACCCGAACUAUGUGGACUGCUUCGCAUUCUAUCACGACCUCAUCCUCUCCAAAGCAGCCAGGGCUGCGGACAGCGACAAAAAGAAAGGCGGCAACCAGAAUGAAAUUCUCCUUUGGAAAAUCGAUGGCUUCGACUCCGAUGAUCCACCGCCAGAAGAACCCCCAAUCCCAGAACCAGGCCACCAAACAAGAUCCUCUUUCCCGCACGACGAGAAAUUUCGGGGAUUCCGUCGUCUUCUUACCUUCAAGAUCCCGCACACCGACCGCUUCUACCACCGAUUCGGCCUACUCCAUACCCCCAAUGUGAGACCAAUCUUAUGCAUGGGCAACCAAGAAUCUCAAUACCUAUUCUGGGACAUGCAGCGAUUAGAAGAAGGCAUAGAUCCUCAAGACCGACCCCUCCCCAAACCCAAGAAACGCGGCAAGCAAAGAAAAGGCCCCGCACUACCUAGCGACUUACAAAAACGAAGCGAGAGCGUGGCGGAUAGUUCAUCCCGAGGAACACCCGAAGCAUCUACCACCACAGCAGCUACAGAAGAGCGAGAGUACACGCUCGGCGAUCCUUUCUUCCCCCUCGAAGCUCAUGAGAGUGUGACCGCCAACACAAAGCUUUCGGCCAGGACGCAUUUUGCCACUUCUCAGAUUGCUUGGAGUCCGGAUGCGACGGUUAUGGUUGGGGUUGGGGAUCGGGGGAUGAUUUGUGUUUUUUAUAGGGAGAAGAGGGGUGUUUGA